UUUGAGAAAUACCAUAAAGAUACCAAUCUUUCUGGUGAAUUAUCUAAUAUUUCAGAUUCAAAGCAACUUGAAGAAAAACUUUGCAAAUACUUUACUGUAUAUCGCAAGGCUAAUAGUGAUAAAUAUUCUGUAAAAUCACUUCAAUCUGCAAUUAAUGCACUUAAUCAGUAUUUUAAUAGUGAGACAAGCAAAAUUAAACUGAUUAACUUAAAUGAUAAAAAGACGCAUCCUGAUCUUUGGCAUACAUUAAAUGGAAAAAUUAAAACAUUGUCUGCAAGUGAGUAUAGAGAAACUAAUGGAUCUAAUGCUUUAACUAUCAAUGAAGUUCAAAGAAUUUUGUCACAUCAUCAAACAUCAAAGCUUAAUCCCAAGAGAUUAUUAAACAGA